AUGCGUUUAAGCAUACCAUUUUCAUCAACAUCAAAUAUGAUUUUUUCAUUGGAACGCCUUUUGAUGCUGGUCGAAUUCGAAUUACUCAAAAUAGUUCUUUUAAUAAUUAAGAUACCAUAUUUUGAACCUUUAGAACGAGCGUUGAGCCAUCAACUAGGACAACGUCGUCAUGGAUUUGAUUUUUGUCGAUUGACAGGUAUAGAAAUCGACACCUUCGACAAUUUCAAUGAAUUUAGUAGUGAUGCUGAAAGGUUAAGCUCGCACGUUCACAAACAUUUCUUAAUCGACGGAGAGCUCUUGCAUUUCUUUCCUAAAGUUGUGCUUGAAUCUUUGUGCAAAAUGUUUUACAAGGAAUCCUCCAAAAUUUUGAUUAACAAACCAAAAGCAAUGGCCGUUGCAAUUGCCACAUUAAUUAUGCGAAGUGAACUCAAACCAGCGAUUUCCCCGGCAUCCUUUUACGUUGAGGUAAGCUGGUGGCGUGAUUACGGAAUUAUCAAGAAAAGAUUCAUCAAUUUCCUUCAACUUUAUCAAUAUCAUUGA